GGGGGCGCUGGGGGGGCUCGGGGACACCCGGGGUGGGUCCUGAGCCCCACAACCCCCCCAGCUGCCGGGAUCCCGGAUUUCCGCUCCCCCGGCACCGGGCUCUACUCCAACCUGCAGAGUUACAACCUCCCCUACCCCGAGGCCAUCUUUGAGAUUGGUUUCUUCAAGAAACACCCAGAGCCCUUUUUCGCCCUUGCCCGUGAGCUCUACCCAGGCCAGUUCAAGCCCACCGUGUGUCACUACUUCAUGCGGCUGCUGCAGGACAAGGGGCUCUUGCUGCGCUGCUACACCCAGAACAUCGACACUCUGGAGAGGGUGGCAGGGCUGGAGCCGGAGCUGCUGGUGGAGGCUCACGGCACGUUCUUCACGUCCCACUGCCUGCGCUCCUCGUGCCGCCAGCGCUACGACCUGGCCUGGAUGAGGGAGAGGAUUUUCUCCUCCCUGGUCCCGAAAUGUGAGAAGUGCCAGGGGCUGGUGAAGCCUGGUGAGUUUUGGGGGGUGCUGAGCAGGAAUUUGUGGGGGGGGAAGGGGUCUUCACAC